UCACUCUUCUACAUUGGCUUUCUUAUUAAAGCGUGUCCUCUGUCGCUAUACUGUAGGUCACAAGAGGUAGCUCACAAAACAGCGUGAAGAUGGAAUUUCUUCUGAUAAUAGUCAGCACAGGCAAUUAAGUGAAGAUGGAUGGUGCAUAUUAUUCCCAAUCGAUGUACCAGCGGGAUAAUUAUGGCAUUUCUGCAUCUGUUCCGGGACCCUAUGGCACAUCCGGACAACCUCCACCUCCGGCGUGUAUCUACCAAAGAAAUUCAAACCUUGGCUAUGGAGGACACCCAAUGCAAGUUGUAGAACAAACUUCUCUUGACUCUUCUAAUAAUGUAAAUCAUCAAAUGGCACCACAACAAAAUCUACAGACAACACAAGGGACUGGGCAUUCUCCCAUUGCUAAUACCACGCCUGCUCAUAUGCAAAAUCCCAUGCAACUGACCCCAGGAAUCUUACCUACCGUAUCUCAGCCCCCACCGGCUCAUUCUCAGACAAUGCCCCCUUCUACCACCACAACAAGUGGAAAUGGAAACGGAAACCAAAGUGGAGGAAAUUCAAAUCAAACCCACCUACAGUUCCCUUGGAUGAAAACAACAAAAUCACACGCUCACCAAUGGAAGGCUCAAUGGCCAGGUGCUCAGUUUCCAUUGGAGGACGACAACAAACGCACGCGCACAGCGUACACUAGAGGCCAGCUACUGGAAUUGGAAAAAGAAUUCCAUUUUAACAAAUACAUUUCCCGACCGAGAAGAAUAGAGUUGGCUGCAAUGUUGAACCUUACUGAACGCCAUAUAAAAAUUUGGUUUCAGAAUAGACGGAUGAAAUGGAAAAAGGACGAGGCCAAACGAAGGCCGCGUCCUCUGAAUUCUUCGAACAUUAAAAAUGCCGUUUCACCACCGGAAUCUCCUGUCAUGACAGAUUUAUCUCCCGUGUCGAACGGAAGUGACGUUUCAUCCCCUAAAGAGAACGAGACUGGCGAUAUUUCCUCAGUGAACAAAAAUUUAUUGAACAAAAACACCCUCUCGCCAAAGGAAGAAUCCGCCACGUGAUAAUUACGUCAUGGGGUACAUGUAUCAAAUACAGUCCCUAAAUAUACUGAUGGAAACUGAUUACAUGUGUUCUAAUGUUAUGUUAUAUGUAUCUGACCUUCACAUGAAUGCCCUUUAUAGAGAAGCCGUCGAUACAAGCACAGAAGGCACAUCGACGACGUUUCUACCAGAGAGUGUUUUAUUGACUGUUGUUUAUUGUGUUACUAAACACUGGUUUUUUUUUUUUCCUUGCAAACGUUGCUCGAUAGAAAUAUAAGUAAAGUUUAAACUGAAGAGCUCCUUUACCGGUGUGACACAACUAUAAAUGUCCCUUAUUUUUACAAACUAUCAGACUUGAACAAAGAAAGGAUACGUGUUAUACAGUGUGAGUGCUUUUCAGGUCAUGUUACUUAAAAUAGAAAUUGUUGUGAACAUUCAAUAUACAUCGAUAUUCGUGAAUAAAAUUUUUGUAGUCAUGUAUCA